AUGGAGACUAAAGGAGGCGGCGAGGUGGAAAAAAUGAAAACGAAGUUUUUGUCCAUGUGGCACAAUGUGAAGUACAGUUGGGCUCUGAAGUCAAAGACCUCAUUCAGCCGAAAUUCCACUGUGCUUCUUCUGGGAAAGUGUUACCAUUUCAAGGCUGACGGACCUGACGAAUCCUCCCUGGAAGCUUCAGAUAAAGACUGUGUCAUGGGAAAUAUAGAAGAUUUCCGCAGGGACUUUGGGUCUCGUGUAUGGCUAACGUAUAGAGAAGCAUUUUCCCCUCUGCCCGGCUCUGGUCUAACAUCUGACUGUGGCUGGGGCUGCAUGCUGCGGGCUGGACAGAUGAUGUUGGCUCAAGCACUUGUUCUUCACUUCUUGGGCAGAGAUUGGACAUGGCCAGAGGCACUACAACUCCAGUGUUUAGACGCCGAGACAUGGACCACCACUGCAGCCAAGCACCUAUUUGAAUCCUUGGAGACCUCUUUACAGAGUACCAUCAACAGGCCCGCCAAUCCUGAACCCUCUGCCAUACCUCAGGCUCAAGCUCCUGUGUCAGCAGAGGAAGCGGAUUCCCACUUAAAAGAAAUGUACCAUCGGACACUUGUUUCAUGGUUUGGGGACAACCCUUCUGCUCAGUUGGGUCUGCACAGACUAGUGCAUUUAGGCCUGACAUUGGGGAAACAGGCAGGGGACUGGUAUGGACCUGCUGCUGUAGCUAACAUUCUCAAGAAGGCAAUGGAUGAAGUGAAGGACCCUGCCUUAGCCAGUAUUACUUCUUAUAUCUCCCAAGAUUGUACAGUGUAUAGCGCUGAUGUGAUAGACAGCCACAGGGCACUCAAAGCUGGGCAGCCCUCAGCUGGAACAUCGGAUGGCCUGCCCCCUCCACAAAAGAACCAAUCAGUGUCUCCGUUCACCGUGCCAGACAGUCAAGCUGUUAUCAUUCUCAUUCCUGUGCGACUGGGAGGGGAAAAGACCAACCCUGAGUACUUUAAUCUUGCAAAGAGAAUACUAAGUCUGGAAUACUGUAUUGGCAUCAUUGGAGGGAAGCCGAAGCAGGCCUGCUAUUUUGUAGGAUUUCAAGAUGACAGCUUGAUUUACAUGGACCCUCAUUACUGUCAGUCUUUUGUGGAUGUCAGCACCAGCGAUUUCCCUCUCCAGUCCUAUCAUUGUCCCUCACCUAAGAAGAUGCCUUUCACUAAGAUGGAUCCAAGCUGCACGAUAGGAUUUUACUCCAGAAGUAUCCAAGACUAUGAGAAAAUCAGUGAAGAGCUGUCUCAGGUGCUGCAGCCAUCGGCAAAUGACAAAUACCCUGCAUUCACUAUUGUGCAAGGUCAUGGCAGAGAUUAUGACUUGUCAGCCAGCCUGACCCCAGAAAAGAGAGAAUGGGCCUUCAUCCGUGACCCUAAAAGGACAAUCACCACUGCUGGGGACUUUGUGCUACUUUGA